UCUCCCUGAUUUUGUCUAUCUGAAGUAUGCUGCAAUGUUUUAGCCGACCGGCCCAGUUAUUAACGAGACAGCUUCUGGUUGCGGGGAAUAGUUUGUACUUUAAUCAACAUUUUAAGCUUGUUGUCUCUGCCCCUCAGAAUGACAGACCCUGCCAUGAAGAGGGUGGUCAGUGAGAUCAUCCGCUCUCCAGAGGACAAACGGGUCUACAGGGGUCUAGAGUUCACCAAUGGCCUGAAGGCCGUGCUCAUCAGUGACCCCACCACAGACAAGUCCUCAGCAGGGCUGGACGUCAACAUAGGUUCUUUGUCGGACCCAGGGAACAUAUCAGGCAUUGCCCACUUCUGCGAACACAUGCUGUUCUUGGGCACAGAGAAGUACCCCAAGGAGAAUGAGUACAGCCAGUUUCUCAGUGAGCAUGCUGGCAGCUCCAAUGCCUUCACCAGCGGAGAGCACACCAACUACUACUUUGACGUAUCCCACGAGCACCUGGAGGGAGCACUGGACAGGUUUGCUCAGUUCUUCCUGUGCCCGUUGUUUGACGAGAGCUGUAAGGACCGUGAGGUGAACGCCGUGGACUCCGAGCAUGAGAAGAACCUGAUGAAUGAUGCCUGGAGACUGUUCCAGCUGGAGAAGGCCACUGGCAACCCCAACCACCCGUUCAGCAAAUUUGGGACCGGUAACAAGUUGACUCUGGAGACCAGGCCAUCCAAGGAUGGGAUCAACAUCCGCCAGGAGCUCCUGAAGUUCCAUUCCACCUACUACUCCUCCAACCUCAUGGGACUGUGUGUGCUGGGAAGAGAGUCAUUAGAUGAGCUCACCACCAUGGUGGUCAAGCUGUUUGGCGAAGUGGAGAACAAGAAUGUGCCUAUCCCCGAGUUCCCCAACCACCCCUUCCAGGAGGAGCACCUCAGGCAAUUCUACAAAGUGGUGCCUAUCAAGGACAUUAGGAACCUGUAUGUGACGUUCCCUAUCCCAGACCUGCAGAAGUACUACAAGUCCAACCCAGGCCACUACCUGGGCCACCUGAUAGGCCACGAGGGCCCAGGGAGCCUGCUGUCUGAGCUCAAAUCCAAAGGCUGGGUAAACACGCUGGUCGGAGGCCAGAAAGAGGGAGCUAAAGGCUUCAUGUUCUUCAUCAUCAAUGUGGACCUGACAGAGGAGGGACUCUUGCACGUGGAUGACAUCAUCUUCCACAUGUUCCAGUACAUCCAGAAGCUGCGCAUGAAGGGGCCUCAGGAGUGGGUCUUCAUGGAGUGCAAGGACCUAAACACAGUGGCCUUCAGGUUCAAGGACAAGGAGCGGCCCCGUGGCUACACCUCCAAAGUGUCUGGAUUACUGCACUACUACCCUCUGGAGGAGAUCCUAGCAGCAGAGUACCUACUGGAGGACUUCAGGCCAGACCUGAUAGAGAUGGUGCUGGACAAGCUGAGGCCAGAAUACGUCAGAGUCGCAGUUGUCUCAAAGUCGUUUGAAGGGCAGACCGACAAGACUGAGGAAUGGUAUGGGACCCACUACAAACAGGAGCCCAUCUCUGAGGAAGUCAUCAAGAAAUGGGGAAACGCUGACCUCAAUGGCAAGUUCAAGCUGCCCAUGAAGAACGAGUUCAUUCCCACCAGCUUUGAAAUCUACCCUCUGGAGAAGGACUCUCCCUCCGCCCCCACUCUAAUCAAGGACACCGCUAUGAGCAAGGUGUGGUUCAAGCAGGAUGACAAGUUUUUCCUACCAAAGGCAUGCCUGAACUUUGAGUUCUUCAGCCCGUUUGCUUAUGUGGACCCAAUACAUUGUAACAUGGCCUAUUUGUACCUGGAGCUCCUCAAGGACUCCCUCAACGAGUAUGCAUAUGCAGCCGAGCUCGCCGGCUUGAGCUAUGACCUCCAAAAUACCAUCUAUGGGAUGUAUCUCUCAGUGAAGGGCUACAAUGACAAGCAGCACAUCCUGCUGAAGAAGAUCAUUGAAAAGAUGGCCGCGUUUGAGAUUGAUGAGAAACGCUUUGACAUCAUCAAGGAAGCGUAUAUGAGGUCACUGAACAACUUCAGGGCGGAGCAACCCCAUCAGCAUGCCAUGUACUACCUACGUCUGCUGAUGACAGAGGUGGCCUGGACCAAAGACGAGCUCAAGGAGGCUCUGGACGAUGUCACUCUCCCCCGCCUCAAGGCCUUCAUACCUCAACUAUUGUCACGGUUACACAUCGAGACCCUUCUCCAUGGCAACAUCACCAAGGAGUCUGCUCUAGACAUGAUGCAGAUGGUCGAGGACACACUUAUGAAUCAAGCCCACACCAAGCCCCUCCUACCAAGCCAGUUGAUUCGCUACAGGGAGGUGCAGGUGCCAGAUGGUGGCUGGUAUGUGUACCAGCAGAGGAAUGAGGUGCACAACAACUGUGGCAUAGAGAUCUACUACCAGACAGACAUGCAGACAACCCACGACAACAUGCUGCUGGAGCUCUUCUGCCAGAUCAUCUCUGAGCCUUGCUUCAACACACUGCGCACCAAGGAACAGUUGGGGUACAUAGUGUUUAGCGGUCCGCGGCGCGCUAACGGGGUCCAGGGCCUGCGCUUCAUCAUCCAGUCGGAGAAGGCCCCCCACUACCUGGAGAGCCGGGUGGAGGCGUUCCUAAAAGCCAUGGAGAUGUCUGUGGAGGAAAUGAACGACGAGGCCUUCCAGAAACACAUCCAGGCCCUGGCCAUCCGCCGCCUGGACAAGCCCAAGAAGCUGGCUGCCGAGUGCGCCAAGUACUGGGGGGAGAUCAUCUCUCAGCAGUACAACUUCGACAGAGAUAACAUUGAAGUGGCCUAUCUGAAGACGUUGACGAAAGAAAACGUCAUGCAGUUCUACCGGGAUCUGUUGGCUGUGGAUGCACCCAAGAGGCACAAGGUGUCUGUGCAUGUCCUGUCUAGGGAGAUGGACUCCUGCCCAGUCGUUGGAGAGUUCCCUGCCCAGAAUGACGUCAACCUGGUCCCUGCCCCCUCCUUGCCACAGCCUACGUUGGUGCAGGACAUGACUGAGUUCAAGAGGAGCCUUCCCCUCUUUCCCCUGGCCAAGCCCCACAUCAACUUCAUGGCUGCCAAACUGUGAGGACCGGGCAGUCCUGCCCCCAGAGCAGCAUGGGAGCACUGUGGUGGGGGGUGCCCUGCUCUGUCCCUCUACAAUCCCCCCCCCCUCCCCCCCCCCCCCCCCCCCCCCCCUCCCCCCACGAGGCGACAGGAGGACACACUCAUCUGACUAAGCCUGCAUGUGUGUACGUUUGUGUAUCUGUGUGUGUGGUAGUAGAGGUACUUGGAAAUGUGUUUGAUUCCCACAACUUGGCUGUGGAUCUCAUCAUAGCUCCGUGUAAAAGUGGAGGUCACACAGUUUUAAUCUCAUGGGAAAACCAACACGCAUUCCCAACAAUGUAUAGAAUGUUGAAGCAGGGCUCCUAUUAUAGAGGAAUAGUAAUAACUUAAAGAACCACAAGGCCGGGAACCCUGUAAACCAGUACAAGUACCCCUUGACACGUUAUAAUGGAAGUGUUUUUAGUUGAUUUAGCCACAAGGACAUGCUGCUGUGGUGAGAGUAAACUGUUGGUUAAUGAUGAUUCUGUGAAGCUUUUGAGGUUAGCUCUGCAAAGGGUGCACAUAAUAUCCUUUUAUACACGCCGGACACGUACUUCUUUCUCUCUUAUGUACUUGUGCGACACAUCAAGGCACAGUGACAACUCCUUGAAUUGUUAUCACAAAGACUGUGUUUAAGUAAGAUGAAUGUGCAACACACUAUUUUGGACCCCAUUUUCAGUUGAUCAGCCUUAUGGAAACGAUUCUGUUUUAAUCCAUGAUGUACAGGUUUUGAGAUCUGACUCUAUUUAUUUUUUUAAACUGGUAAAAUGUCAGGGCCCAUUUGGUGGAGAGGUGUCCAUGAAGCUUUUCUUUUGAACUAGUGUUCUGUAGGGUUGUAAUUAUCCAAGCAUCAUCUCAGGGUCCCUCUAAUCUUUUGCCUUGUGCUUUUAUUUGAGAUUGAAGAAGAAUAAACAUAUUUAAAUGUCAUUUAUGUUAAUUACUUGUUUGGAGUUAUACGUUUUUCUUUUUAUAGCUUUUAUGCUUGUUAAUAUUUUAAUCUAAAUUGUGUUUGACUAGUGAUUUAUUGCAUAGGCCCCCCCCCCCCCAUCUUUCUCCAUUUGAGACUAAGCUUGUACCUUUUAAAAGGGGGGGGGGGGGGGGUCUACUACCAAUCUGGAGCAAUAGAGAUACAACUCUAUGGCUGGAUACACGUAUCACAGCAGUGUCUGUGGACUUUGACAGUCAGCCAACUGCACUUUGUCUCUGUGGGUCAGACUUGGAUCAGGGGGGGGGGGUCAUUGCAAUCCUAAAGAUGCUAUCCUUCAGAAAAACAAAGGACUGUUAUAGAAUGUCUGGUGGGGUAAACAGAUUUUGUCUUUUCUCAGGACACCCUUUAACAUCAUUUUGUCUGAAAGGUUUCAAUAGAGGCCUAUGUAUGGAAGGGCGAAGGUGUAGUCAGGCCUGUGUUUCUCAAUAUGCACUUCUCACUAAGCAAUAAACUGGGGAACCUGAGAGUAGUGUGGCUUUAAACACACUAAUGGCCUCUGUACUGUUAUGUAGAAGUGGGGGACACUGAAUUCUUGAGUCCUUGCUCUCAUCCAGCCUAAAAAUGGACACACUGAAAGGUGGAACUGCCAUGUGAUGCAUGGAUAGUACUCAUGUCAGUGCCUAUACCAUGGCCUAGUCUCUCAGGUGUUAACAAGCCUUGUGAAGUCAAACCCCCGCUGGCACCAACCACUCUUUGAUACAGCAAAUGUCGUCUCCCAUAUCAACUAACGUUAAUGUGUUUUACCACUAGGUAGAAACUGGCAUUUCUUAUGGAUUUAUGUUCAAACUGAACCCAAAGGUGUUUUUUCUACAGGAAGUACAGCUGUAUACUGACAUAUACCGAACAUUCCCUUGAAUUCCACUGGUUUGGGUUCAGUGCUUAGCAGUGGUCACCCUACAAUGGUAGGGACCAAUAACUGCAGUCAGUGUUCCUUUGGUAGGAAUAACAGUCUCUUGGAACUAGUAGUCAUUGCUUGCUAAUGUAAUGUAUUUAGGGGGAAACCAACCAGUUUUUCCUCAAUAGUUUCCAUAAGUAAUCCGUAUACACUCAAAUGGGAAUAACUGCACGUUCAUUUUGCACCAAACUGACAAACGGAGGGACUACCUGAACUUGUCUGAUAAAUGCUUGUUUUGACUUUCAGUUGCAAAAUGUUUUGCUAUGGUGUGCCCUACUGAAUACCAGCCAGAUCAAAUGGAGGUUCAGCGCUCAGUAAUGCUUAAGUCUUGAGUUUAUUUUCAUUUCCUCCUGUGUUUAUCUAAUAAAUCACUGUAUACUGGAACAAA